UUAUUAUCUCAGCUCACCCACCCACCCACCACCACCCUUCUCGCUCCUUUGACUUCUCUCUCAUCGGAGUUCUUUUUUCUCAUCACCAGAGAGAUAUUUUCCUCCCCUUUCUUGUUCAAAAGAUUUAGGGUUUAUAUAAAUCUAUGUAUGUAAUAAUAUAGGUUUUAGCUUGAGAUGGAGUCUUCGAGUGGUGCCGAUUCCGGGAGUGGCGAUGGAAAUUCGAGAAGGUUCGGUUUACAAUUACCGGCGUUGAGCUACUUGCAGGCGCCGCUGAUGACUCUACUGGAAUAUUCCGGCAUUUUCAGGGCGACGCCGGAGGGCCGCCGCGAGGGAGAGGGCUUGCUGGCCGAUGGCGGCGACGGCCGGCUCCGACGCCACCUGAGCGGCUCCGGUGCGGCGAGCGGCAGCGGGGAGGUGUCGAUAAGGAUAAUUGGCAGAGAGGAGCAGGACGGCGGUGGAUUCGACGGGAGCGAGGAGGAUGUCGGGCAGAUUGCCGGCGUGGCGGGGCCGAGGUUGGACAGGGAAAAUGGGAGGGAAGGUGUUGGGGACGGAGAGAGGAUUUCGCCGGGGGAAUCUUCUUCGGCGCCUGAAGACGGCGGAGAUGGGGCUGGUGGCGGUGGUAAUAGGGAGUCGUCGUACCAGAGGUAUGAUAUACAGCAAGUGGCAAGAUGGGUGGAGCAGGUUCUUCCGUUUUCUCUGCUCUUGUUGGUGGUCUUCAUUCGCCAGCACUUACAAGGUUUCAUCGUUACAAUUUGGAUAACUAUUUUUAUGUACAAGUCAAAUGAUAUUCUUCGGAAGCAGACAGCCCUAAAGGGUGAGAGAAAAAUAUCUGCUCUAGUUGGCAUUUCUAUGGGUUUUAUGCUUCAAGUGAUUGGCGUUUACUGGUGGUAUUGGAAUGAUGAUCUCUUGUAUCCAUUAUUUAUGGUUCCUCCUAAAGAAGUACCACUUUUCUGGCAUGCUGUAUUCAUCAUCCUGGUAAAUGACACAAUGGUGCGGCAGGCUGCUAUGGCUUUGAAGUGUGUGCUGUUAAUGUAUUACAAGAAUGGCAGAGGCCAUAAUUUCCGCCGGCAGGGUCAAAUGUUAACUCUAGUUGAGUAUACGUUACUUCUAUACCGUGCAUUGUUACCGACUCCUGUCUGGUAUCGGUUCUUCUUGAACAAAGACUAUGGAAGCCUCUUUUCAUCAUUGACUACAGGAUUGUACCUAACUUUCAAGCUUACAUCUGUUGUUGAGAAGGUCCAAUCCUUCUUUACUGCCUUGAAGGCAUUAUCACGCAAAGAAGUCCAUUAUGGGUCUUAUGCUACGACAGAACAGGUAAAUGCAAUGGGAGACUUGUGUGCAAUUUGCCAGGAGAAGAUGCAUGCCCCAAUUCUACUUCGUUGUAAACACAUUUUCUGUGAAGACUGUGUUUCAGAAUGGUUUGAGAGAGAAAGGACCUGCCCUUUGUGCAGAGCCUUGGUUCGACCUGCGGAUCUGCGUUCAUUUGGGGAUGGAUCAACAAGUUUGUUCUUCCAACUGUUCUAAACUUGUGUCAAAAGCAUGUAGAUUCCCCCCUCAAAGGUGCUUCACUCCCCCACUGUCUCUCUUCUAGGUUUUAGUUUUGAAAAUUGCCCCAUUCUUGGGGUUUCCCUGAAAGGGCUGGAAGGUACACCAGAACUAACAAAUGGAUUGACAAUGUGUUCUCUAUGUUGUAAUUAUCUAAGUUCAAUGUCCCUUGCCCCUGAGCUGAAGGAUAUUUAAGAAGCUAAUUAGCAAAACUCAUUUAAGAACAUUGUUAACACCCAAUGAAUGAAAGUUAUGCUUGCUCUGUUAUGUA